CAACUAAUGGUCGUUAUCUAGUAAACAUCGUUAUUAAUUAACUUCCAACACUUGGUAUUAUCACGAUGAUGGAGACACGAAUACGCGCGUACUCGAAAUAAUCAAGUGCGACAGCUUUAGUUAAGCGAUCGGUCGAUAGAUGGCGACAAUCGCGCAGAAUGGCGACGAACCCAUCGUCGUCGUCGUCGUGUCAUACGAAUUCCGUUGCAAACCGAAAGAAUCGACAUAACGGUGUGCGUGUGUUUGUAAAGCAUGCGCUCGCGCGCGUGACACUUGUUGCUAAAAAAAAAAAAAAAAAAAAAAAAAAAGAAAAAGAAAGAAAGAAAAACAAAUGGGUAAAAGGAAAAACGUUCGCGGUUUCAAGACAAGAUCGUCCAAUAGUUUCUAUGUACCUCAGUCCCGUGGUAAAAUCAGACUUGGAAAAAGGAAAGGAAGAGGAAGAAGAAGAAGAAAGAUGGCAGGAGAAGAGGGAGGAAGAGGAGAAAGAGGAGAGGAAGGAAGAAAGGAUGGAAGAAAGGAGGUGCACUAAGCAAGAUAGGAGGAGGCGAUUUUACGCUCGAGAGGAUGAACAAGAAGAAGAAGAAGAACGGAGGCCGGCCAUGUCUCUAAGGAACGUUGGCCCGUGUCCGUUCUCUCCGUAGGGGCCUUGAAAGGAAUGCGCGCGCGCGCGCCUCUUAAAAAGAAAUCGGUGAAUGCGCUUUUACACGCGUGCUUAUAAAUAAAUGCGUCCAGUGAACCGGACGUGCUAUCGUCGAAAAAAUAUUUGAUCCUCUCCUCUUUUUUUGCAUCGAUACGCGUUCAAAAUCUUUUCCAAAGUACGUUUUACUUUUAUAUAAUUUUCUGUUAAUCGAUUACAAAGUUUAAAAAAAAAAAAAAAAAAAAAAAAGAAAAAAGAAAUAGAACUACAAUCGUUGGACGUUACGCGAUCAAAUUUAAUUAAUUUUUUUCUUUUUCCUUUUCUUUUUUCUUUUCUUUUUUUCUCUCCUUUUCUUUCUUUUAUUUUUGUUCUCGCGUUCUCGAAACACGUCCUCCCUUUUCCCCAUAAUAGCCUUUCACUUUUCGAUAUAGUUUCUUUUUCUUUUUUUUUAUUCUCUUUUUUAAAAAUGUUGAAUAUUCUUAACGGGAGUUAUCAGACGUAACAAAAGUUUUAUCAAUAAUGUUAAUAGAAAUUAUACAUAUAUUUUGUAUUAUUAAAAAAAAAAAAAAAAAAAAAAAAA